UAAACACAAAUAAUUCAUACACAAAAUGAAGAAUAACUUUGGUUCAAAGGCAUCAUUCUUACUACUAUGUUUUCUUCUCAUAACAAACUACUUGUAUUCUUGUAGGGCACAACAAUGUCGCCCUAGCGGCAGAAUUGAAGGGAAAAAGCCCCCUCCAGGGCAAUGCAACCAAGAAAACGAUUCGGAUUGUUGUAAACAAGGAAAGAUGUACACAACAUAUGAAUGUUCGCCACUGGUGACUACUCACACGAAGGCAUACCUCACCCUUAAUAGUUUCGAGAAGGACGGCGACGGUGGUGGCCCUUCAGAGUGCGACAAUCAGUAUCAUUCAGAUGAUACGCCGGUUGUCGCACUCUCGACCGGAUGGUUCAACCACAAGAGUAGGUGUCACAAGAAGAUCACCAUUCAUGGGAAUGGAAGAAGUGUUGAGGCAAUGGUGGUGGAUGAGUGUGACUCAACCAUGGGUUGUGAUGCUGACCAUGAUUACCAACCACCUUGCCCUAACAACAUUGUUGAUGCAUCAAAGGCUGUGUGGGAAGCCUUAGGUGUCCCUAAGGAUAAUUGGGGUGGACUUGAAAUUACAUGGUCUGAAUAAUCCAAUGCUUAAUUUUAUAUAUUAAUAAUAUAAUCAUAUAUAUAGUACUAUGUUAUAUGUGGAUAUAUAUAUAUGUAAUAUGUGUAUGUGUAUGUAAAUAUGUUCAUUCUUGUAAUUUUGUAAUUGCCUUUAUGCAUAAUUUAUACAUUUUA